AAGUCAGGUGGCAUGGAGCAUUUCGUAACAGGACAUAUAAGUCCCUGGAGAGAAAAACGACGCCGUUUUGUAACCUCCCCCAAUCCUAUUUCGGAUAGAACUAACUUAACCCUUUCGGAUCAAGUCAAGAAAGAUGUUCCUUCUUCCUGGAACCCUGCAGCUCUUGCCUCGUUCAUUGACAAGUAUGGCACCCAUGUGAUUGUUGACGUCAAGAUGGGAGGUAAAGAUGUGGUCCACAUCAAGCAGUCAAAGAUUUCAGAUCUUCCACCCGCUGAACUGCAGAAACUACUAAAACAACUAGCUGAUGAGAGGUUUUCAGAGGAUUCAAAUCCAUCUUCCAAUGCUAAUCCUGCUCAAAUAUCAGGAAAACUGAAGGAUGAUCAUGCCAAGCUGUGGAGGCAGAACCAUUUUCCUCCUGCUGGAAGACCAGUUGUAAAAAGCCACUCCAAGAAUGAUGUUUCGGUCCGCAGGGGAGGCAUUGAUAUUCGUCAGCCUUAUAACCAGUGGCUUCAAACCAUACUACAAUCCCCCAAUGUCAUAUCAAUGUCUUUUGUUCCUAUUACUUCCUUACUCAACUCUGUUCUAGGCAAUGGAUUCUUGAGUCAUGCCGUUAAUUUGUAUCUUAGAUAUAAACCUGCCAUAGAAGAUCUCCAUCAUUUUCUGGAAUUUCAGUUGCCACGGCAAUGGGCACCAAUGUAUGGAGAUCUGCCUCUUGGAUAUGGCCACAAGCAUAAGAAAAACAUGUCUCCAUCACUUCAGUUCAGUCUCAUGGGACCCAAGCUUUAUGUUAACACUGUCAAGGUAAUUUCAUUCAAUUUAAGCAAGAAGCAUAUUAUGUUGAGGGGUUCUUUCAAUAGAGAAGCAUUGUAUAAGGAGAGGGAUUUGGAAAAUGCUAUAGCAUUGCCUAAUCUACUGGCAAUGAGAAUUUACACAGCAGCAGUGUAA